UCUGUCCCAGGUGGAGGUGGCCUGAGGCACUUGGUUCCCUCUGCUCUCGUAGCUCUGGCGGAGUCUGCGCGAUGGGAGACGCGGAAAGGCCGGAAGCGUCCAGGCCCCAGCAGGAGGAGAGGUUAUCUUCAGAUACCAACGAAAAUGAAGCAAAGUCAGAUGAAGAGCCACUCCUAAGAAAGAGUUCUCGCCGAUUUGUCAUCUUUCCAAUCCAGUACCCUGACAUUUGGAAAAUGUAUAAACAGGCACAGGCCUCCUUCUGGACAGCAGAAGAGGUUGAUUUAUCAAAGGAUCUCCCUCACUGGAACAAGCUUAAAUCAGAAGAGAAGUAUUUUAUCUCUCACAUCUUAGCCUUUUUUGCAGCCAGUGACGGAAUUGUGAAUGAAAAUUUGGUGGAGCGCUUUAGUCAGGAGGUGCAGGUUCCAGAGGCUCGCUGUUUCUAUGGCUUUCAAAUUCUCAUCGAAAAUGUUCACUCAGAGAUGUACAGUUUGCUAAUAGACACUUACAUCAGAGAUCCUAAGAAAAGGGAAUUUUUAUUUAAUGCAAUUGAAACAAUGCCAUAUGUUAAGAAAAAAGCAGAUUGGGCCUUGCGAUGGAUAGCAGAUAGAAAAUCUACUUUUGGGGAAAGGGUGGUGGCCUUUGCUGCUGUAGAAGGAAUUUUCUUCUCGGGAUCUUUUGCUGCUAUAUUCUGGCUAAAGAAAAGAGGACUUAUGCCUGGACUUACUUUUUCCAAUGAACUCAUCAGCAGAGAUGAAGGGCUUCACUGUGACUUUGCUUGCCUGAUGUUUCAAUACUUAGUAAAUAAGCCUUCAGAAGAAAGGGUUAGGGAGAUCAUUGUUAAUGCUGUUGAAAUUGAGCAGGAGUUUUUAACAGAAGCCUUGCCAGUUGGCCUCAUCGGAAUGAAUUGUGUUUUGAUGAAACAGUAUAUUGAAUUUGUAGCUGACAGAUUGCUUUCAGAACUUGGAUUCUCAAAGGUUUUUCAAGCAGAAAAUCCCUUUGAUUUUAUGGAAAACAUUUCUUUAGAGGGGAAAACAAAUUUCUUUGAGAAACGAGUUUCAGAGUAUCAACGUUUUGCAGUCAUGGCGGAAACUACAGAUAAUGUCUUCACCUUAGAUGCAGAUUUUUAAAACCCUCCCCAUACAUAUCUAAACUUAUCAUUGGUAAAUAGCAGUCUAUUUUUCUCUGCUUAAAAAAAAAAAAAAACCUAAAACAUCUUCUUUAGGGCACAGGAGUUUGCUCAAAAGGAAAUCCAAAUAUCAAUCAAGUUGCAUUUAUAGAAAUAUGCUUUAAUCUUCCUGUUUAACAGUCAGAGUAUGACCUCUAAAUGCUUUUGUUCAUCACUAAAAUAAAAGAUGGCAUUAUAUUUGUUAAGAGCAUGGCGUGGGGGGUCAGAUAAGAGUUUGAGAUUCUGUCCUACUUUGUGUGACCCUUGGUAAAUCAGUUAAUCUCUCUAAACCUCAGUGUACUUAUCUUUAAAAGGAAUGUAAUAGUAGGUCCUAAAUUCAUAAAGUGUAUAUGAGGAUUAAGAUGCAAAAUCAGUUCUUAGCCAAUACUGCUGUUGCAGCCUCCUCCUCCUUCCAUCUCCCCCUCCUAUUAUUAUUAUUGUUGUUGUUAGUAAUAGUAUUAAUUACAGUGAUGUGAUAAAAUACUCCCAUCUCCUCAAAGUAAUUGUGAUUCUAGGUCCUAAGAUCUAGAAUUAGAUCUUUGUAUUUUUAAGGUUUUAGGAAGAACAUAAAGAUUUCCUUAAAAAGAUUAUAAUUUUCAUUAACAUGAGAAUAACUUCUUUGAAUUUCUCAGUGUGUAGUUAAGGAAAUUUAGUUCUAAGUUGCUUCGGGCAGGAUACUUAUGGAGUGGAAUCUAGGAGGUUAUCAUGAUAGUUGACCUUGUAAGCAAAAUGAUUCUGCUCCUUCAGAAAUUAAAAGGGUAAUUUUAGCCAGACAUAGCCCUGGAAUGUUUAAAACCAGGGUGAAUUAGCUAGAAUAGCAUUUCCCAAAGAGUAUUGUAAAAGCUGUUAGCCCCUCUAGAUACUUUGUGGGGUGGUGGGGAGAGAUUCUGUGGUCAAAUGAGUUUGGGAAAUAUUGUACACUCCAUUCCUCUUUAGAAUGUAUAGUCAGUACAUCAAAGACUGACAAAUUCUGCAGUACAUAAACUGAUUUGCCCCUGCAUAUUGCAAACCUACUUAACAAAGAUCUGUUUUUCACCUGUUAACAUCUCACCUAACUAUUGUUCUUCAGAACAUAGGUUGGAAAAAGCUGGCCUAGAUGACCGUUCUAUACAUGGAGGAAGGGCCUGUGGACCAAGCAAGGGAGAACCUGGUAGGGAUUAUUGAACCAUUUCAACUUUGUGCCAAGCUGAGGAAUGUACCUGUGAUUGACCUCAGCUAUAUUUCUUAUACUCCCACAACUCUUAUAUGCUGUUAUGAGACUUAAUUCUUUUAUGGAACGAUGCCUGCUGCAUGAUAGCAGAUGGUUAGGGAGACUGAGGAAAGGCCAGCAUCUGAGAAGUCUGCUCCCUCUAUCGUAGGGAACUGUCAAGAGGUAGCCUGAACCCAAGCAAGCAGUGGGGUUCCCCACUCACAGCAAAUCAUUUUAUACAAUUCUGGUUAAUAAGGUUUAGAAAUUUUCUCUUUGCAUGAAUUUUUGCUCCAUUCAUUCCACAACUAUCUAAUGGAUUAAAACUGGGAGUUUUCAAGUGGAUGCAAAAGGAACAGGCCAUAACUUUAUCUGUUAGAGAGGAUAUCAGAAACUUGAGCUAUUUUGGCCUAUAAUAAUACCAUUUAUCUGUUCAAGGCUUCAUAGUUUGCCGAGUGUUUUUGCAUCACCUCAUUUGAUCUCACAACAGCCUUAUGAGCUUGACAAAGCAGGUAGUAUUGAAAUUUUUUUUUUUUUUUUUUUUUUGCGGUAU